AUGAAAAUAUUUGCCCAUAUCUAUCUAUCUAUCUAUCUAUCUAUCUAUCUAUCUCGUUUAUUCAUAUCUAUCUAUCUAUCUAUAUAUCUUUCUAUCUAUCUAUCUAUCUAUCUAUCUAUCUCGUUUAUUCAUAUCUAUCUAUCUCGUUUAUUCAUAUCUAUCUAUCUAUCUAUCUAUCUAUCUAUCUAUCUCGUUUAUUCAUAUCUAUCUAUCUAUCUAUCUAUCUAUCUAUAUAUCUAUCUCGUUUAUUCAUAUCUAUCUAUCUAUCUAUUUCGUUUAUUCAUAUCUAUCUAUCUAUCUAUCUAUCUAUCUAUCUAUCUCGUUUAUUCAUAUCUAUCUAUCUAUCUAACUAUCUAUCUAUCUCGUUUAUUCAUAUCUAUCUAUCUCGUUUAUUCAUAUCUAUCUAUCUAUCUAUCUAUCUAUCUAUCUAUCUAUCUAUCUAUCUAUCUAUCUAUCUCGUUUAUUCAUAUCUAUCUAUCUAUCCAUCUGGAAUCAGAAGAAGCGGGGAAACAUUGGAAAGAUAAGGAUUUUGUGAAAAAUCGAAUAUCUAUCUAUCUAUCUAUCUAUCUAUCUAUCUAUCUAUCUAUCUAUCUCAUUGUACAGUUUUUCUAUUUUGUCAUUCAAUUAUCUAUCUAUCCCAGUUUGUUCAUAUCUAUUUUAUUUUCCUUAGCCCAAUUUUUCAAACUCUCUACGUAG